UGUUUGGUCAAUGACAGGUGCAGCGACCAAUGAGGGCUCGCCGCCGCCGCCGCCUACCUGCGUGUGACGGAGCUGGGCGGAAGCGGUUGAACUUUUUGUGAAAAUCUCAGAGAGUUUUUGGGAGAAACUGGAAUCGCCGACUGAACGUGUGUUUUGGUCGGGACUGAGGUGGGAAUGGAACCGAUCAACACCUGGAGCCCCCGGAAGGUCUCGCUGUGGUUACAAGGCCUGGAUAACAGUGUGCAGAAAUAUCCAUUUGAUCAAUGGCAGAUGAAUGGAGAGCAACUCCUGCGACUAUCACAGCAAGACCUGGAGGAGCUUGGUGUGAAACGGAUAGGACACCAGGAGCUGAUUCUGGAGGCAGUGGAGCUACUGUGUGCACUGACCUAUGAUUUAGAAACAGAGAAUUUGAAGAUUUUGAUGGAGAAGUUAAGAGCUGUCUCUGGAACCCUUCAGUCCUUCAUUAUCAGUCGGAGGAAGGUCAGCCCAGGUCCACAGAAACCUUCUGGAGACCUCCUUACCUCUGUCAUAGAUCUUCUUCAAACCACCAAAGCCAUCUUUUCCUGGCUGAACAGGUACCCUUUUAUAUGCAUAAUCAAUUAUUCUGCCAUGAAGAAAGAGAUCAUCAGGCUAUGCAUGGAGCUGGCAGAAACUAUUCACAAGGAAUGCAGCCAGACAGAGAAAGAAAAUCGGAUACUGAGCAUUUGCAGGGAACUCUCCAGUUUCUGCAAAAACAUGGUGAUGGGUAGCCCUGAGGUGUUGGUGAACCAAUGCGCUUGUCUGGAAACUAUUCAUCUACUCACCACCUCACCUGGUCAGAGUCUGGGUAUUGAAAUCAAGUCGAAUAAUGGGCUGCAUUUUAUCACAGGAACCACAGUAAAUUCUCCAGCUUAUCGCUCUCAGAAGAUUCGACCAGGAGAUGAGGUCAUCCAGGUGAAUGAUAUGGUUGUAGUUGGAUGGACAUUGCAUAACCUGGUUGCCAAACUGCGGGAGAAUCCAAAUCAAGUAGUUCUCAUUAUGAAAAAGGUGCCCCUUGAUAUAUCACCAUCGUUCAAUUUCUCUGAUGGUGGACAGCUGCAGCAACCCCACUUAACACAGGUACUGAGAAGCAUGUCAGAAGAUUCAGCGACAUUGUUAGACCCAAGUGUGCUGUCUGAGAGAUCUGCCCAGUUCUCUCAGAGAGAGAGGGUGGGGAUCCAACAGGGUACACGACCUGACUACAACACCUUUGAAACUAGUGCAAGCUGUGAGGACAAAGAUAAGCCAUUGCCAUCUGAAUCCCACUCUGAAAAUGCAUCCGAAUCUGAUGGAGAAAGUGAUCAAAUGCAGCCAGUACAACAGCCUAACAAGGAGGGUGAGCACAUGCAGGUAGCAAGUCUGAUGUCUGAAGGGUGCACUGUGACCUCAUGCAGUGGAGAAGGGCUUGUGAGUGAUGGGACAACCACUGCACACUCUCCAAUAAUUCAACCUUGUAAUGUUGAAGAUAGAAUGAACUAUGAUUCUGACUGUGAGGGAAGGCCAAGAUCACCAUCAGCAAAUGAUGAGAGAGCGGUGCAAUUACGGAACAGACGAAAGAAGAAGGGAGUUGCAACUGCACUUAGUCGUAGACGGAUAUCAUGCAGGGACCUCGGUAUGGGCGAGUGUUACGGCUGGCUCUGGAAGAAGAAAGAACAAUUUAGAUUCAUGUCACAAAAAUGGAAACGCUGCUGGUUCGUGCUGAAGGGACCAAAUCUAUACUGGUACAACAGUGAAAAUGAUGAGAAAGCCGAGGGAUUAAUCAAAUUGAUUUCAUACUCGGUGGAGGCAGCUGGAGAGCACAAAAGAAAAUUUGUAUUCCAGCUUUGUCACCAGAAGUUCAAGUCCUUUGUCUUUUCAGCAGACAAUGUAGAUGAAAUGAGGAAGUGGAUUAACAGCCUCAUCAGUGCCAUUCAAAAGUACAAAACUGAGAAACCCUCUGAAAACAAAGAGGAAGACUGCUGGAGUGAGACAGAGACUGAAGAAUGUGAUGAUUCUCCAGAAACAACUGGCACUCCUCGAUCCAAAUCCUACCUUAGGAGCAGCAAUCUUUCACCUACAGAACAAUUCAGACGCUCAACAGGUAACUAUGGACAAGUUGGACGCAGUGGAGACACUGGCCGUCUUAGUGAGCCAUCCAGCCCCAGUAAGGAGAGGAAGCCUUUUCCAGAACCUGGUCAAGGCUCAAAUGAUGAGCUGGAGACAUUAAUAAGAGUCUUGCAGCAGGAAGGUGUGUCACUGAUCGGUAAGGAACAACCCUUUCGGAAAGAUUAUCAUUGGUCAUUCAUCAGACGAAACAAGAAUCCCAUCAUCAAUGAGAAAGCACAUUAUCUGAGAACACUGCAGAGCACUCUGAAGGCAAAGAUAGUAGAUUUACAAUCCAUUAAUAAGAUCCUGGAGGAUCCGAAUUUAACAGCAGAAAAGUUUCGAAUUUGGAAAGACAAAAACCAGGAGCUACUGGCAGACAUCCAGAAGGUUCAGCAGAUUGCAACUGAAGGAUGGAACGAGGAAGCCAAGCAGUUAGCUCCUGAAUCAGGAGCAUUUAUGACAGAAAUGGGAAUGGGUGCCUCAGAAAAUCCUUUAUCUUGUUUUGAUAUGGAACCAUUGUCAGCAGAAAUCUCAGCAUCCAUGUCAGAUAUGGAAUUGGACAACAGAAAAGGACACUGUACAGACAGUGCAUCUUUAAAACUAGGAAUUGGAGAAGACAAUUGCAUAGAAGGGUUGAAUUGCCAACCAGAAUCUGGCACAGACAGGACUCAAAGCUGUCCCAAAUCAUCUAGCAACUCAAGAUCUGUACUGUGGCAGCCUUAAGAUCAGACCAGAUCAAUGAGAACCAAGAGAAGUGAACCCCUAUGUAUGAGCAUGAAGCUAAGCCUUGUUUAUUCCGUUCAUUGCCCUGAACAAAUUUGGCAGUCUUCCCCCACACUAAUGUUCAUAAUGUCUCUUAAGACUAUUUCAUUGAACAAUAUCAUUAUUAAGCAUGAUCCUAUAUUCAGUUAGUAAUCACAUGUGCACUUCUAGUGCAGACUGCUGGAUUGUGAUUAGAAGAGGAUGCUGUGGCUGAUUGUUCUCUUACCUUUAUUGCCAACCAAGGGUGACACAGUGGUUAGCGCUGCUGCCCCACAGUACCAGGAACAUAGGUUCACAGGUUAGAUGGAUUGGCCAUUCUAAAUUGCCCAUAGUAUCCAGGGAUGUGCAAUCGAGGUGAAUUAGCAGUGAAAUGAAGGACUGUGGGGGUAGGAGGUGUAUUUGGGUGGAAUGCACUUGGCGGGUUGUUGUGGACUCGAUUGGCCACAUAGCCUGCUUCCACACUGUACGGGUCCUAUGAUUCUAUCCUUGAGUACAAAGACCAAUUUUAACAUACAUACAACUAAAUCACGUGAGUCCAGCUAACAGUAGAGAAUGGUAGUCAAAUAUUGUACUUUCUUCUGGAUACUGAACUCUUUAAAGGAUUAGUUUGAACCUUUAAAUUCUCCUAAACUUUAUGCUGAAGAUAUUCUGUUUGAUGCCAUUCUCAAUUUGUUAUUCUGUCUCUCUCCUCAUCCAUAAAGAAACAACUCACUCUAGCAAAAAGAAUGUAGAGGCACUGGAGAAACUGUGGAAUAGAUUAAGAAGGAAACAAAAGGGUGAGUUUACAUACAGAGAAAGGAUUAAUAGGCUGUGUCUAUUGUCUGCAAAAAAGGAGUGAGCAAUGACCUAAUUCUGCUGCUGCUGUUUGUAACUAUUCCUGUUAGGAGAUCUUUCAUGGUAUGCCUCACUUACCUUGUGCUAGUCUCUUGCAUCUAUUGCAGCUUGUCAGCCAUCACUCUGAGAGCCAUCAUUUCUGCUGCCUUCCACUUUGCCUUAGAACUUUUCAGUUCUAAACAAAUAGCUGAAAUCCUGACAUUUUCUUCUCUGGAUGUCAUUCUUCAGUGUUCUCUUUGCUCUUUCAAUUUAACACACCUCAUUUGUUUUUGAUCCAUAAAUGGAAUUUUUAGCGUGUAUCCUGGCAUCCAUAUUUCAUGCACCUUCAUGUUCUUCUGUGAAUCUUUAUAUAAUUGCCCACAUUUGAGGCAUACAGAAAAGUGGAUACUGUAUGAUAUCUUGUGAGCUUUCCUGUUGACACAUCGUUGCAAUCACUUUGGCAGUCUCUAAUCUAAUAUAUACAUCAGGUCUGGCAUCUUCAGUUAUCAUUUGUCCUAAAGAGACAAACUUAACUAUUUGCUCCAGGAUGAUACUGUUUAUUUCAAUCUUCAUUUUAGUUUCUUCUGAUGUAUUCCGUUGAACCACCAUUGUUUUGUCUUUUUGGUGUUUGUACUCAAGUCAUAUUCUAAAUUUCUGUAAUUGCUUCUAAUUCUGUUUCUCCAAAGGCUUUUAGAAGUUCUGUUGUUACUGCAUCAAUACCUGGACCUUUUCCUGUAUUCACUAAUUUCACAGCAUUCUUUACUUUUCAAAACUAAUUUUUGGUUAAUGUUGCCUCUUCACGACUCCUCAACGUGUGUGUGUGUGUGUGUGUGUGUGUGUGUGUGUGUGUGUGUGUGUGUGUGUGUGUGUGUGUGUGUGUGUGUGUGUGUGUGUAAAAUAUAUAUACAAAAUUUAUGUAUUCUGUCCACCUUUAUUGGAGCCUAAUAGAGAUCUUUAACUUUUUUUUGUAAUUAUGCCAAUUUUUUGAUAGCAUUGAUGCAAAGGGAAUGUUUCCUCUUGGGGUGGGGAAGAGCAUCAUUAGAGGUCAUCAAUACAAGAUAGUCACUAAGAAAUUCAAAAGGAAUACUGAAGAAACUUAGUAUGGAUUUUGUCACCACAGUUGAAGUGAAUACUAUAGUUGCUUUUAAGUGGUUGCCAGAAAAACGCAUAAGGGAAGAAGGGAAUAGUGGGUUACUAUGAUAGAUUGUAGUUGAUGUUGAAUGAAUGGCUAAAAUUGAUCAUGACAAUGGCAUGGAUUGGUUGGGCCAAAAAAUGGCCCAUUCCUGUGCCAUAUAGCUUUGGUAAUCCUAUGAUGUACACUUGCAUGGGCAGCAGUAGUGGUAUCUUGCUGCUUUCCUGCAUGAAUCUGAUUUAUGAAUAUGUGUUGGUUGUGUAUUAGGUAAAGGAUCAUAAAAUAACUUGGACAAUACUGUGGAGACUCAUGAUUGGUUUACUCCUGACUAUAGCUAGGUACAGUACACAAGACAUAAUAGUCAUGGUAUCCAGUACUUAAGUGAUCAAACAUGACAUAGCAAUUAUGAAGUGAUAAUGGGAUAAUGAAAUGUCAGGCUGGAUGAACACAGCAGGCCCAGCAGCAUCUCAGGAGCACAAAAGCUGACGU